AUGGGAGGACAGGCCCCUGGCCAGUCUGGUUUUAUCUCAGGAAGCAAUCCAGAGAUGAAUGUCAGCGAAGGACUCAAGCUUAGCAGAAUGGGGGAAACUCACCAAUCAAAGCCUGUGUUGUGUGGAGAAAUCAUAUUCAGGCAUAUGGAACACGUGGUUGUUGUGGAGAAAAUACCUGGUUCCAGAUCCCAAACCAGGGAGAGGGGCUGUGGGUGGAAGUCUCCCAAGUCUCGCGGCACCAAUACUGAAUAUUGUAUCAAGAUUCUCAGAGUGGCGGCUUGUAGAGUUGAGUCCUUCGAGAUAACCAGAACAGAUCGCAGCAGCUGCGCGGGGGUAUGGAACGGGUUCGCAUGGCUGCUGCACCCUGCGCUGCCCAGCACCUUGUGCUCCAUCCUUGGCACUCGCCCACCGCUCGUGAAGUAACAGUGUGGUUUCCAAAAAAAAAAAAAAAAAGACUUACAGAAACGAAUAAUCCAGCUUAAUCCAGCUAUCCAGAGAAUAGAAGACCAAAUUGUCAAGUCUCCUGAAGACAAGCGAGAAUACUGCGGACUGGAGCUGGCCAAUGGUAUCAAAGUGCUUCUCAUCAGCGAUCCCACCAUGGACAAGUCGUCAGCGGCCCUCGAUGUGCACAUAGGUUCAUUGUCAGACCCUCCAAAUAUUGCUGGCUUACGUCAUUUUUGUGAACAUAUGUUGUUUUUGGGAACAAAGAAAUAUCCUAAAGAAAAUUAAUACAGCCAGUUUCUCAGUGAACAUGCUGGAAGUUCAAACGCCUUUACUAGUGGGGAGCACACCAACUACUAUUUCGAUGUUUCCCAUGAACACUUAGAAGGAGCCCUGGACAGGUUUGCCCACUUUUUCCUGUGUCCCUUGUUUGAUGCAAGCUGUAAAGACAGAGAGGUCAAUCCAGUCGACUCUGAACAUGAGAAGAACGUGAUGAACGACGCCUGGAGACUCUUCCAGUUGGAAAAAGCUACUGGGAAUCCCAAACACCCCUUCGGCAAAUUCGGGACAGGAAACAAAUAUACUCUAGAGACUCGACCCAACCAGGAAGGCAUCGAAGUAAGACAAGAACUCCUAAAGUUCCAUUCUACGUAUUAUUAUUCGUCCAAUCUGAUGGCUAUUUGUGUUUUAGGUCGAGAAUCUUUAGAUGACCUGACUGACCUGAUGGUGAAGUUAUUUUCUGAAGUGGAGAACAAAAAUGUCCCUUUGCCUGAAUUUCCCGAGCUUCCUUUCCAAGAAGAACAUCUUAGACAACUUUAUAAAAUAGAACCUAUUAAGGAUAUUAGGAAUCUUUAUGUGACAUUUCCCAUCCCAGACCUUCAGCAGUACUACAGAUCUAAUCCUGGUCAUUACCUUGGUCAUCUAAUUGGGCAUGAAGGUCCUGGAAGCUUGUUGUCAGAACUAAAGUCAAAGGGCUGGGUAAAUACCCUGGUUGGUGGACAAAAGGAAGGCACCCAUGGUUUUAUGUUUUUCAUCAUCAAUGUAGACUUAACUGAAAAAGGGUUGUUACAUGUUGAAGAUAUAAUUUUGCACACGUUUCAAUACAUUCAGAAGCUACAUGCAGAAGGACCUCAAGAAUGGGUUUUCCAAGAGUGCAAGGACUUGAAUGCUGUUGCUUUUAGGUUUAAAGAUAAAGAGAGACCUCGAGGCUAUACUUCCAAGAUUGCAGUAAAAUUGCAUUAUUAUCCCCUAAAUGGAGUGCUCACAGCUGAAUAUCUGCUGGAAGAAUUUAGACCCGACUUGAUAGACAAGGUUCUUGAUAAGCUCAGACCAGAAAAUGUCCGGGUGGCAAUAAUUUCCAAAUCAUUUGAAUGAAAAACUGACCACACAGAGCAGUGGUAUGGAACCCAGUACAAGCAAGAAGCCAUCCCAGAAGAAGUCAUUCAGAAGCGGGAAAAUGCUGAACUGAAUGGGAAAUUUAAACUUCCAACAAAGAAUGAGUUUAUCCCUACAAAUUUUGAGAUUUUGUCAUUGGAGAAAGAUGCGACACUGUACCCUGCUCUUAUUAAGGAUACAGCCAUGAGUAAGCUGUGGUUCAAGCAAGAUGCUAAUUUUUUCUUGCUGAAAGCUUGUCUCAACUUUGAGUUUUUCAGCCCUUUUGCUUAUGUGGCCCCCUUGCACUGUAACAUGGCCUAUUUGUACCUUGAGCUCCUCAAAGACUCCCUCAACAAGUAUGCAUAUGUAGCAGAGCUAGCGGGCCUGAGCUAUGACCUCCAAAAUACCAUCUAUGGGAUAUAUCUCUCAGUGAAAGGUUACAAUGACAAACAGCCAAUUUUGCUAAAGAAGAUUACUGAAAAAAUGGCCACUUUUGAGAUUGAUAAAAAAAGAUUUGAAAUUAUAAAAGAGGCGUAUUUGCGCUCUCUUAAUAAUUUCCGGGCUGAACAGCCUCAUCAGCACGCCAUGUACUACCUCCGCUUGCUGAUGACUGAAGUGGCCUGGACUAAAGAUGAGUUGAAAGAAGCCCUCGAUGAUGUUACCCUCCCCCGACUUAAGGCCUUCAUACCUCAGCUGCUGUCACAGCUGCACAUUGAAGCCCUUCUCCAUGGAAACAUAACAAAGCAGGCUGCAUUAGGAAUUAUGCAGAUGGUAGAGGACGCCCUUAUUGAGCAAGCCCACACCAAGCCACUCCUUCCAAGUCAGCUAGUUCAGUACAGAGAAGUCCAGCUCUCUGACAGAGGCUGGUUUGUUUAUCAGCAGAGGAAUGAAGUUCACAAUAACUGUGGUAUCGAGAUCUACUACCAGACAGACAUGCAGAGCACCUCGGAGAACAUGUUCCUGGAGCUUUUCUGUCAGAUUAUCUCUGAAUCUUGCUUUAACACCCUGCGCACCAAGGAGCAGCUGGGCUAUAUCGUUUUCAGUGGACCUAGCCGAGCCAAUGGCAUCCAGGGCUUACGGUUCAUCAUCCAGUCCGAAAAACCACCACACUACCUGGAAAGCAGAGUACAAGCCUUCUUACUCACCAUGGAGAAGGUCAUAGAGGACAUGACGGAGGAGGCCUUCCAGAAACACAUUCAAGCACUGGCCAUCCGUCGACUUGACAAGCCAAAGAAGCUCUCUGCCGAGUGCGCUAAAUACUGGGGGGAGAUCAUCUCGCAGCAGUACAACUACUACAGAGACAACAUAGAAGUUGCAUAUUUAAAGACACUUACCAAGGAUGAUAUCAUCAAGUUCUACAAGGAAAUGUUGGCCGUGGACGCACCAAGGAGACAUAAAGUAUCCGUCCACGUUCUUGCAAGGGGAAUGGAUUCUUGUCCUGUUGUUGGAGAGUUCCCCUCUCAGAAUGACGUAAACUCGUCAGAAGCACCAGUCUUGCCACAACCUGAAGUGGUUCAUAACAAGACAGAGUUCAAGCGUGGCCUGCCACUGUUUCCCCUUGUGAAACCACAUAUUAACUUCAUGGCUGCAAAACUCUGAAGAGAGUGGAUACGUUCCUGUGUCUUCUGAGGCCUG